CAGGCUGGGAGAUGUAGUUCCUGACUCUCCCCGGAGCGGAAGUGACGUUGGCGGAGGAGGCGGAGCCUGGCUGCGAAGGAGCGUUGGGGGUUCUGGUUCUGCCUGGCUCGCGCGGGGCCGUUGGAGCCUCUCCCGGGGCCGGAGAAGGGUGUACGUGUACCCCUGGUUGAAAACCACUGAUGUAGGGGAGCCCUGAUUUGGCUUUGCCUAUCUCGCAUCAGCCCGAAGUCAGCUACACUGGGUCACCACCUCCUACCAUGGCCCCAUGGGCCGCAGUCAGACACAGGACGUCCCCUUUCGAGUGUAAAACCAGCAACUGCUCCAUGAAGGAUAUUGGGGUUGAACUUCCUGGUUCAGACGCCGCUGCCUGCAUUGUGAUCUGGGAGCCCAGACUGAGCAGCUGCUGCUCCCCCGGUGGGGUCUGGGCUCGGGAGUGACUUGGACUGAAGCUUCCUGUGUGCCCAGGCAAGGUGAGGACUUUCUCCAGCUGCAAUUUGCUCCUUGGGCCAGCCCUAAGCUCUGCCCACACCAACAUCUGAGCCAGAUACUCCAGGGAACCGGUUGCUAAGAUUUUAGCAGCUCAUCACUGCCCUCAGCCCCAGCCCUUCCGGGGGCCAGAGCUGGUCACAGCGUAAAGCCCGUGUUUGGGUCACACCCUGAUGUCACAGCUGUGUGGAGUGCAUUCGGAAUGAGGCAACCCAGAGCUGCUGGGCAACCUGUCACAUAGUUCCUCUUGCUGUAUUGCAAGGAUUAUUUGCAUUUUUACUGGUUUCCAGUUUCCAAACCUGAUGUGAUGUCACAUCUGGAACGAGGGGAAGAGCUGUGGGUCCCAGACCUCCAGGGCUCUGAGAAAGAAGUGCUUCCAAGAGCUGCCUGCACAGGGAGUGACCUACAUCUGGAUUCUCUCCAUCACCCAUCAGGUGAUGGGACGGUGAGUGAGAAUGAGGAGGAGAAACCCCGGCAGGAGGAUGUUGAGCAAGUAGAACCACCUGGGACAUUAUCAGGAAGAUCCAAAGGGAAUGUUUCUGGGAGUUGUGCACUCCCAGAAAAAGAAAGAGCCUGUGAGACUCAGCCGAUGCCAGAGAAAAACUUGAGUAGCCACUCAGACCUUACUACUCGUGAGAGCAUCAAUGUGGAAGAGACACACUACACAUGCCAUGAGUGUGAGAAAAGCUUCAAUGGGAGCUCAGACCUUUUCACACAUCAGAGAAUCCACAGAAGAGAGAAACCCUACACGUGCUCUGAGUGCGGGAAAAGCUUCAGUCGGAGCUCAGCCCUUAUCACACACUGUAGAAUCCACACAGGAGAGAGACCUUACACGUGCCUUGAGUGCGGGAAGUGCUUCAGUUGGAGCUCAAACCUUUUCAAACAUCAGAGAAUCCACACGGGUGAGAAACCUUAUGGAUGCUCUGAGUGUGGGAAACACUUCACUGAUAGUUCAACCCUCAUCUCACAUCAGCGAAUCCACACAGGAGAGACGCCCUACACAUGCUCUGAGUGUGGGAAAAGCUUCAGUCAGAGCUCACACCUUAUCACUCAUCGGAGAAUCCACACAAGAGAGACACCCUACACUUGCUCUGAGUGCGGGAAAAGCUUCAAUCAGAACUCGGAUCUUAUCCGACAUCGGAGAAUCCAUACAGGAGAGACGCCCUACACAUGCUCUGCAUGUGGGAAAAGCUUCAAUCACAGCUCAAACCUUAUUAGACAUCAGAGAAUCCAUUUGAGGGAGAACUGUAAUAAAUGCCUUGACUAGGUCUGGCCAAAUUUUUUUUUUUUAAAUUCCAUUUGCUAAUUCGCACAUAGUGAUCUUUGCACCAUCUUCACGGUAGUCUCUCAGCUCCCCCAGAUAAGUUGCCUGCUUCUACCUUUUGCAGCUCACCCUUUUUUGAGGUCAGUCCUGUGAUCUUUUCUAUCGACUGCUUUCCUUUUGAGUCGUAGGAGUGUGUGUCCCUCCAGCCAGGAACGUUCAUCAGCCGCAGGUGGGAGCGAGGUUUGAUCCCAACAAGCUACACUGAGGCAAGAACUACCUGUGCCUUCCAUCCACUAGGGCUGUACCUGGCGUUGGCUGCUCAAAUUAGUGAUCUUGGUGUAAAAAGAGAAUUACCGUUGUAGAGCAGAUGCAGCCCAGUUGCAGUGGUUGGCAUUAGCUUUCCCCUUGACCUGACCUAAAUACUUGUCAGAAAAAACUACCGGUUUCUUUUGCAAGCAUUUGCAUUGCAAGGCAGAGGCAGAAGCAUUCUUCACUGUUUCCUCAAAAGAUUGACCAAAAGGUGGAAAGAGCGGACACGUUUGGCAAGGCACCACUGGAUGCUGCAUCCCUAACCUCCACUUUACCUGGCAGGUGCCUUGGCCAGCUUAGCCACAGUGCCACUCUCUGGGACUUUUCUCCCAACUGCUCCAUUUUUUAUUAAUGAGAAUCAAAAGGAAGGUGACAGAAGAGUAUUGCCUAUAAGGAUCUCUGUGCGUAGACAUCCCCAGCGAAUCCCAAGGACUUGUGGCACAGGCUCUUCCGUUGCAGCAAUUGCAGUCGAAGCAACCACCAUGCCAAUGCCAGUCACAGCAGCCUUUUCAUCAACUCCAGGCUUGUGAUUUGAUUCUUUUCAACUCUUCUCUGUAAAGAAGCCUUUUCCUUAGCAAGCAAUUACUGGGAUUGCCAAAGGAGGUCUCUUCUCUUUCCUAGAAAGGCAUAG